AAUAAAGUAUUUCUUAAUGUUAUAUUUACUAAAUUUAAUGUCAUAUUACUAUGCAUCAAUUUUAAAUUAUAUUCUACGUGUGCCAUACUAUUGGUUUUAUCCUUAACUUUGCUCUCUACGUGGUUCGAACGCAUGUGCAUGAUGGUGAUAUUACUGAACUGCGUGACUCUGGGCAUGUACAGGCCAUGCGCUGACGAAGUCUGUGACUCCAACCGCUGCAAGAUUUUACAGCACUUCGAUGACGUCAUCUUUGGUUUCUUCGCCAUCGAGAUGUUCAUCAAGAUCACGGCCAUGGGGGCCUUCGGGAAGAAUGCUUACCUAGCUGAGACGUGGAACAGACUUGAUUUCUUCAUCGUCUUCGCAGGCUCCCUGGAGUAUUGCCUAGAUGUGGGCAACAUCAAUCUCUCCGCCAUCAGGACAGUCCGGGUUCUACGGCCCUUGAGGGCCAUCAACAGGAUUCCAAGUAUGAGGAUACUAGUGAUGUUGCUUCUUGAUACCCUGCCCAUGUUGGGUAAUGUGCUUCUCCUGUGUUUCUUCGUCUUCUUCAUUUUUGGAAUUGUCGGUGUUCAGCUCUGGGCCGGACUGCUUCGGCAGCGUUGUUACAUUGAAUUACCGCCAAAUGUAUCGCUUCCCGGGUAUUUAUCGCCGAUUUACUACGAGAGGGUGAAAGUGCUUAACCCAGUGUCCACUUAUUACCAGAGUCUGGAGGCUGAGAAGGACUACAUCUGCAGCCUGGAGAAAGACAACGGGGUACAUCGUUGCUCAGAUCUGCCCCAGACAAGGUACGCAGGACGUCAGUGCAAUGGCUCCGCUGUCCCUUUCAGUGACAAUGCACCCAGUAACGUAUCCUGCGUCAACUGGAACCAGUAUUACAAACACUGCCGGGCAGGAGAUCGCAAUCCUUUCCAAGGGGCAAUCUCUUUCGAUAACAUCGGACUCGCAUGGGUAGCUAUAUUCCUG